AUGGCGAGAGGGAUGAGAGGAGCUCAUCUCCUCGCAGUUUUUUUUACCUUUUCAAUAACACUUUCCAGGGACGCAGAUGGACAAGGAACUUCUGAUGACUUGAGAGGUUUUAGGUUGAACCCACCGUAUUUCAACCUCGCUGAUAUUUCUAGUAUCUCUGCCACAGCAACCUGCGGCCAGGAUGAGGCCGGGACACCGGAAUAUGAAUUAUACUGUAAACUUGUCGGAGGACCGAACAACGGACCUCCUACUCAAAAUAUACAGGGUCAGUUCUGUGACUACUGCAACUCCGUUGACCCCAACAAAGCCCACCCGGUGACCAACGCCAUCGAUGGGACAGAGCGGUGGUGGCAGAGCCCUCCUCUCUCCAGGGGUCUGGGCUACAACGAGGUGAAUGUCACCCUGGACCUUGGGCAGCUCUUCCAUGUGGCGUACAUCCUCCUCAAGUUUGCUAAUUCACCUCGACCUGACCUCUGGGUGUUGGAACGCUCUGUAGACAACGGGAGAACCUUCAAUCCCUGGCAGUAUUUUGCACACUCAAAGCGUGAGUGUAUUGAAAAGUUCGGAAAGCAGCCCAAUGCUCGUAUAGUACACGAUGAUGACCAGCUCUGCACCACAGAAUACUCACGGACCGUCCCUUUGGAGAACGGAGAGAUUGUGGUGUCUCUGGUCAACGGUCGGCCGGGGUCCAAAAACUUCACCUACUCGCCAGUGCUGCAAGACUUCACAAAGGCCACCAACAUCCGCCUGCGCUUCCUCCGCACCAGCACCCUGCUGGGCCACCUGAUCGCCAAGGCCCAGAGAGAUCCCACCGUCACACGCAGGUAUUACUAUAGUAUCAAAGACAUCAGCAUUGGUGGACGCUGUGUUUGUCAUGGGCAUGCACAGGUGUGUGCUGGGGGGCGUUACCAGGACAACCCAAACAGACUCCAGUGUGAGUGCCAACACAACACCUGCGGUGAGUCAUGUGACCGCUGCUGCCCUGGCUUUAACCAGAAGACAUGGCUUGUGGCCACUGCUGACAGCCCCAACGAGUGUCAUGCCUGCCAGUGUUUCUCCCAUGCCUUUGACUGUUAUUACGACCCAGAGGUGGAAAAGAGGAGAGCAAGUUUAGACACCUUUGGAAGGUACGACGGAGGAGGAGUGUGCAUCAACUGUCAGCACAACACUGCUGGAGUGAACUGUGAGCGAUGCCUUGAAGGUUUCUACAGACCUUAUGGCGUUCCUCCUGAGUCUCCAACUGGAUGCAUACCCUGCAGGUGUGAUGAAAGGACUACAGCCGGCUGUGAAAUGGAGUCUGGAAGGUGUAUCUGCAAGCCACAAUUUGCUGGAGAAAACUGUGACCGAUGUGCUGAUGGAUAUUAUUACUACCCUCAGUGCAUUCGAUAUCCCGUAUACCAGACGACCACCAAAUCCCCUGCAGGACCUUGUGUGGGGCCCACUGCUUGCCCUCUCGGUUAUUUCGGCUCACCCAGCUGUCAGCAGUGUAUAUGUGACUACAGAGGGACAGCGUACGGGGUGUGCGAUGCUACAGGCCGCUGCCUGUGCCGUCAGGAUGUGGAGGGGGAGCGAUGCGACCGCUGUCGACCAGGGUACCACUCCUUCCCAAACUGCCAGGUGUGUGCCUGUGACGGGGCUGGUGUGGCUGACAGCGUGUGCAGUCCAAGUGGCCAGUGUAUUUGCUUUCCCAACUUUACGGGACGGGAGUGUGACAAAUGUGCACCAGGCUACUAUGGAUACCCCGACUGUGCUGUCUGUCAAUGUUCACAGGAAGGCUCAUAUGGCAGCAUAUGCAACCCACUGUCGGGUCAGUGCCUGUGUCUCCCAGGGGUGGUGGGCCAGCAGUGUGACCGCUGUGCCUCUGGACUCAGGUUCCCCCAGUGCUCAGCCCCCAUCAGUGUGUGUAACCCAGAAGGAACUGAGGUCACUGAUCCUCAAACGGGCUCCUGCCGCUGCCUAGAAAACGUAGAGGGAACCCUUUGUGACACGUGUAAACCUCUCUACUGGAAUCUGGCUACAGACAGCUCUCGUGGCUGUAUAGAGUGUCAGUGUGAUGUGAAGGGGACCCUGAGUGGUGUUGGAGAGUGUGAACAGAAAAGUGGACGGUGUCACUGUAAGCCUAAUGCAUGUGGACUUACAUGUGAAACCUGUAAGGAUGGAUACUUCCAGCUGCAGAAAAAGAAGUAUUUGGGCUGUCAAGGUUGUCAGUGUGAUGUAGGUGGUGCCAUUGAUAUGGCGUGCGAUGAGACGUCGGGACAGUGUCGUUGUCGGAAGAAUGUAGUUGGCCGUGAAUGCACCGAGCCAGCACCAAGCUACUACUUCCCCACUCUUCACCAGCUGAAGUUUGAGGUAGAGGAUGGCACCACGCCAAACGCAAGACCAGUGCGCUUUGGUUAUAACCCCCAGGAGUUCCCAGAUUUCAGCUGGAGAGGUUAUGCUGUAAUGUCUCCUGCACAGAGUGAAGUCAGAGUAACAGUGCAUGUUGACCAAAAAGACGAGAGGCAGCACUUAUUCCGUGUGGUUCUGCGGUUCACUAACCCGAGCAGCACCAGUGUGACCGGUAGCAUCAAGGCUACCAAUAACAGAGGCACUGCAGGGUCAGAUCAGAGCAAGGAAGUAAUAUUCCCUGAGAGUCCCUCCCCAUCCUUCCUCACUGUCCCAGGAGAGGGCUUCGCUGAGCCCUUUGAGUUGACCCCUGGGACAUGGGUCAUCCACAUCAGGGCAGAGGGGGUUCUGCUGGAUUAUCUAGUGCUGCUGCCCCGGGAUUACUAUGGUGCUGCUUUGCUGCAGGAGAAGAUCACCCAGCCGUGCACAUACUUACCCACUGCAAACAAGGAUACAAAUUGUUUGUUGUAUAAGCAUGUGGCCAUGGACGCCUUCAACUCUGCACUGGGCUCACAAGGACAACUCUCCAGCCGCAGCAGGCGGAGGAGGAGACAGGCUCGUGUGCGCCGUCCCACCCCAGAUCACCCUGAGAUGGCCGCUCUCAAUGGCAGACAGUCGCAGCUCCAACUCAGUCUGCGUGUGCCUCGUCCUGGCCCAUACGCCCUUGUCCUGGAGUAUGCCAGCGAGGUGGAUGCUGCCCAGAAUGUCAACAUACUCAUCAACGACCAAUCAGGUGGCCAGAUCCCAGCUAGGGCCAACAUUAACAGUUGUGCCUUCAGCUUUUUGUGCCGGAGUGUGGCAGUGGACAGCAGUAAUAAGGUGACAAUGUUGCAGCUCACUCACAAGACAGAGAUUCUUCUGCAAACUUCCACUACAUCGUUCCUGCUGUAUAAAGUAUACGCAGUCCCUGCAGAAGAGUUCAACAUUGACUAUGUAGAUCCGAAGGUGCUGUGUGUCUCCACUCAUGGCCGCUUCACUGAGGACACUCAGCACUGCGUUCUGAGGCAAUUUGAUAAACCAACCUCAGCCUGGAUUUUAUAUGCUGCCCGUGAUGGACAGCUAUCUUCAGCUCCAGCUGUUUCUCCCCAACGAGAAGAGAAUGAGGAUUGGAGACGGAGACGACAGACCGGGUUGUUUCCUGUCCGAGAACCUCAGAGUGAUGGAAUACUGCUUAAAUUUCCUCAGACGGAGAUCAAUUUCACUCCCAAGAUGCCCCUCCCGGGCAUGUAUGUGGUUGUUGUCCAUUAUCACCAGCCUGAACAUACCUCCUUCCCAGUAGAGGUCCGAGUGGACGCAGGACGUGAGUGGAAGGGUUCAAUAAAUGCAUCCUUCUGCCCCGCCGUCUCAGGCUGCAGGGAGGUUGUGAUCGCUGAUGGCCGCAUUGCCCUUGACUUUGACCAGAAUUCAUGGCAGCUGCCCAGCAUCUCUCUGAUCGUGCCACCUAAGAAGACACUUAUUCUGGAUUAUAUCUUGUUGGUUCCUGAUAGCAGUUACACCCCAGAUCUCCUGAAAGAAAAGCCGCUGGAUAAAUCUGCAGAUUUCAUACAGCAGUGUAGAGGAGAAGGGUUCUAUAUCGACCAGAGAACCUCUCCCCAGUUCUGCAGAGACUCUGCCCGAUCUCUUGUAGCAGCCUAUAAUGACGGAGCACUGCCUUGCAACUGUGACAAGUCCGGCUCUACCUUAACCACUUGUGAGCCAGUUGGAGGACAGUGUCCCUGCAGGCAGCAUGUCAUCGGUCGACAGUGCACAAAGUGUGCCACGGGGUACUACGGCUUCCCCUACUGCAGACCGUGUGAAUGUGGCCGCCGACUGUGUGACGAGGUGACAGGACGCUGCAUCUGCCCUCCUCAGACAGUCAAACCUGCCUGCGAUGUGUGCCAGGGUCAGACUUACAGCUAUCACCCGUUGCUGGGCUGUGAGGGCUGUGAAUGCUCUCCAAAUGGCAUCAAAGCCAACGCAGGGCUUGACUGUGACCUCAUCACCGGACAGUGCAGUUGCAAGCCUAGGAUUGGUGGCCGGCAGUGUGAUCGCUGUGCUGCAGGUUAUUAUCGCUUCCCUGACUGUGUACCUUGUAGCUGUAACCGUGGCGGCGUCACAGCUGGCAUCUGCCACCCAGACACAGGGAGGUGUCUCUGCAAGAGAAAUGUUGCUGGCGUCAAGUGUGAUACCUGUCGGGAAGGUUCCUUCUAUUUUGACCCCUCCAACCCUCACGGCUGUACCAGUUGCUUCUGCUUCGGAGCGACUGACCAGUGUCAGAGCUCCAGCAAACGCAGGGGGAAGUUUGUUGAGAUGCAGCUCUGGCGUUUGGAAAGUCCCGAUCAAGAGGUUACCUCUGUUCUGAACACAGCCAGUAACACGGUGGUGGCGGACAUCCAGGAGCUUCCUCCUACAGUUCAAACUCUGCACUGGGUGGCACCAUCGUCCUACCUGGGAGACAGGGUUUCAUCUUAUGGUGGUUUCCUCACCUACCAGUCCAAAUCCUUUGGGAUUCCCAGUGAGGGGAUGACUCUUAUGGACAGGCGACCUGAUGUUGUGCUGACUGGUCAGGAUAUCACCCUGAUCCACAUGGCUCCACAAGUCCCACUUCCAGACAGGCUGUAUCAGGGCAGAGUCCAGCUCUUGGAGGGAAACUGGCGCCAUGCUGUCACCAACAGGCCGGUCUCCAGAGAGGAACUGAUGGUGGUUCUAGCCGGUCUGGUUGGCUUGAGGAUCCGAGCCUUGUACUUUACCCAGAGCCAGCGACUCAGCUUAGGAGAAGUGGGCCUUGAGGGGCUGACUAAUACGGGGACUGGUGGUCAUGGAAACAUUGUAGAGGAUUGUUCCUGUCCCCCUCAGUACACCGGAGACUCCUGUGAGAAAUGUGCUCCUGGUUACUACAGAGAUGGCAGUGGGCUUUUCCUGGGCCGCUGUGUGCCCUGUGAUUGCAACGGUCUGGCUGAUGAGUGUGAAGAUAGGACAGGGCAGUGCCUGAGCUGUCAGUACAACACGGCUGGGGAUCGAUGUGAACGCUGCAAAGAAGGUUACUAUGGAAACGCGGCUCAGAGGACAUGCAGAGUUUGCCCUUGCCCUUCCGGCUUCCCCACAAAUAGUUUCGCAAUAGGCUGCAAAGAAGUAUUUGGAGACUUUGAGUGUAUAUGCAGAGCAGGCUACACCGGAGACAAAUGUGAGAGCUGUGCUCCUGGUUACUAUGGUGAUCCGUUGACACCAGGAGGAAGCUGUCGGCCCUGUAAUUGCAAUGGCAAUGCCAACAACUGUGAUCCCAAGACUGGAGUUUGCAAGAACACACUAGAGCCGAGAGACACAAACACAGAUGCGCACUGCCAAGAGUGUGAUAAUUGUGCCCAGACUUUACUACAUGAUCUGGAGAAGCUGGAUGAUGAGCUUAUAAGGAUCAAGAUUCAACUGGCCAACUCCACUGCCAAUGCCUCAUCUCAAGACAGGCUGAAGAAGCUGGAAAAGGCUUUGUCAGACACCAAGAUUCUUGUCAACAAAUUCAGCUCCGCCAUCGACACCCAGAAGCCCAGAGUCAACCAGCUUGAAGAUGACGUGGGCACUCUCACUGAUGACAUCAGCACACUCAAAGAUGAGGCAGAUAAGAGGGCUGUUGAUGCUGACAAGGCUGUGGCAGAAGUUGGAAAUACCCACGAGAGGGCUAAAGAUCUGGACUCAGAGAUUCAAAACAUGUUGAAGAAAAUCCAAGACCUGCUGGAUAAACUGAAGGAGGGAGGCACAAGUGGUGGUGUGGUGACCAAUGACGAACUGGCUAAAAUGCUAGAAGAUGCUCAGCGCAUGGUGAAGGACAUGGAGGAUAGGAACUUCACCCCUCAGAAGACAGCCGCUGAGAAAGAAAGAGACGAGGCUAAGAAAUUGCUUGACUACAUCAAGGCUAAUGUAAGUAAGCAGUACGACCAGAAUGAGUUUGCAGCAGAAAAGCUGCGGGGCCUUCUGAAGGGUUACGAGGCCAAGCUGAAGGACCUGGAUAAGGCUCUCAAGGAGGCAGUGGACUUGCUGCGAAUGGCCAACGCCCAGAAUGGGCUCAAUGCCAAGACACUGGGAGAUCUGCAGAAACGUAUUGAAGAACUAAAAAAGGAGCGGGAGACCGUUGAGGACCAAAUCACCCUGGCGAAAAAUGAGCUGCAGAAAACAGAAGAUUUGGGGGAAAUGCUAUCUGACAGCAAAACCGAAUAUGAACAGCUGGCAGCACAGAUGGAUGGUGCUAAGACUGACUUGACCAAGAAGGUGAAUGAGAUUACCAAGGCCGCUGCCAAGGAGGACAUUGUGGAGGCUGCAGAGAAACAUGCUAAGAACCUUGACAAGCAGGCAAAGGAACUUGAAGAUGCUGUUAAGAACGCAAGUGGACGGACUGAGGUGCGGAACGCCAAAGACGCUAUUCAAGCUUACAAGAACAUCACCGAUGCAAUUAAGGCUGCUGAGGCUGCAGCUAAAGAGGCCAAAGGUGCAGCAGACAGUGCCUUGAAUAAUGUAGAAAAACAGAAGCUCCCACAAAGAGCAAAAGACCUGAAAGAGACUAGUGAUGAGCUACUCAAGAAUGCACAGGAGGCAGAGGAAGACCUUCAAGGCACUGAAGUCGAUGUUACUGACUUGGAGAACCGCCUGAAGGAGGCUGACAGGAAGAAGAAAGCUCUUCAGAAAGACCUGCUUGAUGCACAGAACCAAUUAAACAGCAUCAGGCCAGAUGACAUCACUGAUAUGAUUGAUGAAGCCAAGAGGAAGGCAACUUCAGCCAAUAACACUGCCACUACAACUAUGGACAAACUGAAUGCCAUAAAAAAGGAAAUAGGCAAAAUCAGUGUCCCUACCGGAGACUCCAACCUGGGCAAUGUGCUGGAUGAUGUAGAUCAGUCAGUGAAGAACUUGCUGAAAGCCAUCCCAUCUCUGAAUGAUAAGAUCUCAGAGGUGGAGAACCUGACCUCGGAGUUCUCACCCAUUGGCAACGUAUCAGAGAACAUUAAGAAGAUCAAAGAGCUCAUUGAACAAGCCCGGGAUGCAGCUAACAUGCUUGGGAUCCCGAUGAUGUUCAAGGGCGAUGGCUACGUGGAGAUGCGUGCACCAAAGAAUCUGGAGGAUCUGAGGGCCUACACGUCCCUGUCUCUGUCGCUGCAGAGAAAUGGCUCCCAGAGGGGUGAUGGAGGACGUAGACGCAGACAGAUCAGCGGAGACAUGUUUGUGUUGUAUCUUGGCAGUAGAGAUUCUUCUAAGAACUACAUUGGUAUGUCUCUGAGGGGCAACAAGCUGCGCGGUGUGUACAAGCUCAACGGAGUCGAGUAUGAGAUGAUAACAGGUUCCAUCACCAACUCCUUGUCUGAGGCAGAAAUCGUUUUCGAUAAAGUGCAUCUACACAGAAUUUACCAAGAUGCAAUCAUGACCCAUGAGAAAACUGACACCUCAGGCAAAAGCAUUCAGUUAAUGAAUGACACCAAACAAGGAAAGGAGAUGAAGAACCUCCUGGACCUCAGUCCCGACGAUGUUGUUUUCUACGUUGGCGGCUACCCUAGCACCUUCACUCCGCCAACUUCUCUCAAGUUACCCAAGUACCGGGGCUGCAUUGAGUUCACCUCUGUUAACGACAAAGUCAUCAGUCUCUACAAUUUCCAAAAGGCAGAGAGAGUCAAUCCGGAUACUCCAUGCAAGAGAUAUAAACCUCAUACGGACUGGGGCUACUACCAAGGCACGGGAUAUACCAGAGCAGUUAGAAACAAUCCAACUGAGAAUCUCCAGCUCAGUAUAUUAACUCGUUCAGUAACGGGUCUGUUGUUAUACUUAACAAGUGAGAAUGAUUACUUCACUGUGACGAUGGAGAAGGGCGUCAUUGUCAUACGUAGUAAUUUGGUACAAGGUCCAGCUACAGAAAACGUGAAAGUAUUCCCGACAAGUGACCCGAAAGAUAUAGACUUCAUUAUUCAAAGGGGGGUUUUAAUUGUCCGCAUGCAUGGUACUACACUGGCAAGAGUCAACGUUAAGUACAACACCAUGGCGAUUACAAAAUUCUAUAUUGGUGGUGCCCCACAACACUUGAGGGAACGAGAUAACAUCACCAUACAGGGAUUCAAAGGAUCUUUGCAUAGCACUGCAACGGUUGACCAGCAAGUGGGCGUCAUCAGAGGUCGUCCCAGUAACUCCUUGGUUACUCGUAAAGCAGAGCUCAGCUUGGGGAGCUCCCUGUCAUCUGACCUCAAAGGCUUUAGUCUGGCCAAUGAUGUUACUGUCUCCCUCGGAUUCAAGAGUACAGAGAAUGAGGGUCUCAUUCUGCAAAACAAACAGCUGGCUAAUGGGAUCAGUCUUGCAUUGGAAAAUGGCCAUGUGACACUCCGUUUCACCAAUAAGAUGUGGAAAUCAAACAAACAAUAUCACGAUGGCCAGUGGCAUUAUUUGACUAUAACCAGAAGAGGUGGAAGCGUCGAGCUGGUUAUAGAUGACGAAGACAGGGGUCAGGAGCAGAGUGGCAGCAUUUCCAUACCUAACACAGCCGGCCUCUUGUACCUGGGAAGAGACAAGUUCAAAGGAUGCAUUUCCAACCUCUAUAUGAGACGGCCAGCCAGUGAGUACCAGGCUGAAGACCUCAGCACCUUCGAUGGUACCGGAGAUUAUUUGCUGGAUGAGUGUACUGCUGACACUUUUCCUCAACUGAUGCUGGACCGGCUCUCUAAGAAGGAUGUUGUGAUGGAAGCGAUAAAUGAGACUCUAUCAGCAUGUGCAUUACCUGCCUUGAAUCAAAAUGCUUAUCGCAUGGGCGGCCCUGUUAGCAGCCUGAGCUACAGCCUUCCACCACAGGUCCUGCAGCCCAGGCCCCACUUUUCACUGGAUGUCAGGACUCGUGCUCCUGAAGGCCUGCUGUUCUUUGCUGCUACCAGAGGAGGGCGCUCUCAUCUAGCUUUAUAUCUAUCCAAGGGCAGAAUCAGACUGUCUGUGGGCAAACAGAAGGAGAUCUUCAACAGGGAGAAGUACAAUGACGGGAAGUGGCACUCGGUCAUUUUCAGUUUGGAGAAGAAGAGAUUUCGAUUGGUUGUAGAUGGGAUCAGAGCCCAGGAUGGUCUGCUGACAAAUGCUGAGUUGACAUCCAUGCAGCAAUUUGUGUCACCUGUGUACCUGGGCAGUUCCCCAGAGUCCCUUCACAGAGAGCUGAAGUUGAAGGCCCUUCCAAAGCAAAGUGUGUUCGGCUGUAUCCGCAAUUUUAAAAUGAAUGGAGCACCAAUGUCAAAUCCAACCGCAAACCACGGUGCUGGACCCUGCUUUGAGGGACAGACACAAAGAGGGGCUUAUUUCUCAGGGAAUGGAGCACAUGUCAUUAUCAAUGACUCUUUUAUUCUGGGCUCCAGCUUUGAGCUGCUGUUUAAUAUUCGACCGCGUAGCCCGACUGGACUCCUGCUACAUGUUGGUGAUUCCAGCUGGAACCAAUAUGGACCUACAAUGGGGCACUACCUCACUGUCUACAUGCUCAGAGGAGAGGUAGUGGCACAAGCAAACAAUGGCAAAGGGGAAUUCAGGGUGUCGGUGAAGCCAAAAGCUUCUUUAUGUGAUGGAAUUUUUCAUAAAAUUUCAGUGAUCAAGAGGAAAAACGUUGUGCAACUGCACGUGGACACAGUGGACAAUUACAAGAUUGGACCACCUUCGUCCACUAUAACUUUGACCAAAGACUCAUUGUAUGUGGGUGGCAUUCCUGAGAUGGCAAUGCAACAGACGCUCCCCGUUACGUCUUCCUUUGUGGGCUGCAUCCAGGAUAUGAGGAUCAACAGUGACUCGGUCUCGUUUGACAGGCUGUCCGAUGCGUUCGGUCCGGUCAACCUCAAAGAGUGUCCAGGAUGAACGUCUCACUGCAUUAUCAUGAAACAAACCUUGGGACCACGUCCACCGGAAACCAUGUGCAAUCUGUAACCAAGACAGAGAAUGUGUUUGUGUGUAAGAAUGUAGAUUUUAUGAGGUGUGUGUGUGUGGGGGGGUCUGUGUGUCAAAUAGAUAUAUGAGCAGCAGCUUAAAGGUUCCUAAUAUUUGCUGCUUGGUUCAACAUGUCUGUAUUUAUUCUGUGAUAAAAUCAUGAUCAGGGCACCACUUCGACAGUUGUUUUACAGUUUGAUGUGUUGGUCCAUUGAUUUUCUGUCGACAAUCAAAUGCUUCUGAACAUGCUUGUGAUUGGUCAGGGCUGCAGUAGGAGCAACCCAGCACUUUAAGAAAACAAAUGAUGCCUUUUUGAUGGUGCUUUAAUGUAGAUCAACAUUGUUAGUUUUUUUUUGUGUGGAAAGUUUAUACUAGAAUAAUUAUGUUUACACCCACUGUGCUCAAUUCAGUGACAUUUCAGGGGAUGCCCAGCAGUUUUAUAUAUAUAUCCACAUGCCAGCAUAUAUAAUUCUGUAUUUCAACUUGUUAAUAGUAAUGGAGUCUUCCCAAAGGCCAUGAAAUCACACGGUUAUCACCAUACUGUAUUUCUGUUGUUCUAAAUGAAUUCUCCAUUUGGCAUUCCUUUUCAAUUCGAGGAUGAACUGUGUGGCUGUUAAUCUCAGUUACACAAGAAAACAGCAUGCAGUGUGUGGAGCAUUGUCUAUGUGUUGAAAAUCAAUGUAGAUGCCAUUAGCGUCUAAUAAGUCUCACCAGUUAUAUUUGGGACCAUUUAGUCCAUAUUACCAUGUAUUAGAUGUAUUUAAACUCCCCAGCAAAUGUUUCCUUACCUGUUUUAUAUAUUUGUGAAAAGUGUGUGACAAAUGAAAAAAUAUGCAUGAUGAUUGGACAUGAUGAUUUUUACAUGCAUUCCUGUCUUGUGACCACUGAUUUGUAGGCCAAUUUGUAAUUAAUCUUCUUUAUAAAUAUUUCUCAGUGCCAGUAUUUUUGAAAAAUAUAUUUUGUCUUGGGAUCAUGCAUUUUUUCUGACAU